GCCAAAAGCAAAGUCAUAUCUUCCCCUGCUUCCUCUUCAUUCUUCUCUUGAAUCAUUCCUUCUAUCAUUCCACAGAUUCUUGGAAUCCAAAAUUCCAAAUUAAGCUCUGGAGUUUCUGAACCUGUGAGUGCAGAAAGAAAGAAUGUCCAAGAAGAAAGGCAACGGCCAUACAAUGACACUCAAGGACUUCCAUGGCGGUUCUAUUCCUCCUGAUCUUCCUCUUCCUUCUGCUCCCGGCCUAACCGUCAAAACUUCAGAUCGUUCUGGCUAUGAGAGACCUUCGUCGCGGGGUAAUCCCAUUGAUCGGUCCGAUCAUCGUUCCUUGCCGAACAACUCCUCACUAUCUUGGCAUUUCGAUGACAAGACCCCAUUUCUCACGCAAACUGGUCCAGUUGGUACUAAUUUUGAUGAGGACGAGCGUAAGCCGCUAGACGGCACUUCAGCUCCCCGUGGAACAAUUAAUGGUGAAGGUAUUUGGGGCCCGCCGUCCCGCGUUGAGUUGAAGUCUGCGUCCGGACUUGGAGGGAAUUCAUUAGGUCCGAAGGCGGCUUCCGGGUCUCAGUAUCAUGUUGGGAAAAGAAAUUCGUACUCAGCCACGCUGACUGAAGUAAGUCGUGUGGGGAUGGAUUCUCAGAAUUUAAAAGGUAGUAGGGCGGAGGGAAUCAAUUUUGCUUCCCCAAACGUAUGGACAAUGAGGAAGGAUGUGGCCAGUCUUGUUAAGUCAGAUCAAUCUGCUUGGUCCGGUUCUAAUGCUUUUUCUAAGUUGGCUCAUGCAAGCGCCAUCGACAAGGUGUCUUCCGGUAGAUGGCAAUCAGAGAAAGUUCACUGUCAGAUGAAUUUUGAGAUUAGUAAAUCCUCUGAAGUAGAGAGCAGAUCACUCAGUGUCAAUGGAAAUAGCACCCACAAUAGGAUAGACACGGUGGAUGAGAAGAGAUAUUCUGAUGUGAUGAAGGCAAGGCAAGCUGAAAGAUGUAGAAAUGAGUUACUGGAGCACGAAAGAUGUGAGAUUUCAAAAUAUUCAGAAGUGCGAUCAAGGCAUCACCACACUAACGGGGCACAACCAGUUCUAAAUGACGCCAAACUAAGUGGGCCUGAGUUGCAACAUUCAUUGGCAUCUGAACCAAGAGAGCGGCCCCAAUUGAAUUCAUCACGUAGGACAAAGCCACUGGAUUCAGAACCUUCUGUUGCUGAUAAUAAUGUACAGUUACAUCGCCAAGGCAGUGAUUCUAGCCAUGUUGAAACUGUUAAUAAGCCACAUGAUCAUGCCAAUAUUGUGAAUCCUGACUCAGCUAGAACUGAGAGCAGAGAGGAGGAAAGACAGCGGCCAAAGCUGAAUGUGAAACUUUGGUCACAAUCCCUUGAAAAAUUGGAAGGAAACACUAGAUCAGACAGGAAUGCUUUAUUUGGUGGUGCUCGUCCUCGAGAACUGGUUUUAAAGGAGCGCGGGGUUGAUGAUGCUGCAAUCAACAACUAUUGUGAAGUUGAAGAGAAAAAUAGGGCCAAGAAGCUUUCUGAUCGUUCAGUGCAGACCCAUUAUUUAGAAAAGACUGAGGAUGCUCAUCAACCGUAUGCAAGAAAACCUGAAAGGAGCGAUCGGUGGGUUGAUGAUGAGAGAAAGCAGAGGAGGAAUUGGCACGGUGAUAAUCGGAUAAGCAUGACAGCGUCUGACAGGAAACCUUCACCUGAGAUGUGGCAAAAGCCAGCUGAGCAGAAAAAAUCUUCCGAUGCUGUUGAUCUACAGUGUGUUAAAGCUGCUUCAGCGGUCGAACUUGUUCAAGCUUUCUCUCGAUCCACGUCAGAUCCAAAAGUGAAUGAUAGAUUACCAGGUCACAGGGGGGAUACUGGGCGUGCACAGCAGCCAUUUUCACGCCUUGUUGGUCCAGCCCCCAAGCCUUCUUCCAAUGAUUAGAUAUUUCAUUUGGUACUUGUACAUGCAAGUUGUGGCUUCUGGAGCACUUAAUGGAGUGGUUGUGGGUUAUUUCCUGCUCGUUACCUGAAGAGGAAAAUUGAAUAUGGGCUGCUAUUGAAAGCACCUAACGGAGUGGUUGUGGCUUAUUCCCCCCAGCUUUUGUCUCCUUUCAGCUAUCUUCUCCCACAACUCUGCCUGCAAAGCAUGGCAGCUACCCAAGUUCUGAUCUGCCGAGAUAAACAAUUCUCAGCUCUGGCUUUACUCAUGUUCCAACUAAAGUUCCAAAUCUUCGCACAUCCCCAAGCCGUCACUGUUC